GGCAUUUUAAUAAAUAAGCGCAAGUGCCAGUGGGUUCCAGGAGCCCCGAGGUUCAGAGGAGCAGCACAGAAACCCCAGCGGAGGAGCCUCCUAAUCCCUGCCAAAUCCUGACAUUUGCCAAACUGGAGAUUCUGGAAUCGCAGCGCUUAAACCAUUAAAAUCCCAAGCGUUUUCCUCUUCAACCCAGUCUUUUUAUUUUUAUUUAUUUAUUUUUUUAAGAAAACUGCCUCCCCCCACCACCACCACCACUACCACCCCAAUUAUGAAAGUGGUCAUGCUGUUCAGGAUUAAGAUUUGGAGGGAAUUUGGAAAAGAAAAGACAGAAUCGAACAUCAGAGGUGCGACCGGUCUUUGAGGGUCCUACUUUUAAAGAGAGGCUUCUGGGAGGAUUCUGAGUGUUCGGGUCCGCUGGUGUCUUUCUUCUGAGGACGACCCUGGCCUUAACCAUCAGAGCAGGGGACAGAGGCCAGAGGAGGCUACCCACCGGCCACACGCGUCGCUCGCCCUCCGGCGCUCCUCCUGCCCCUGCAGCUGCCGCUGCCCGCCGCUGCCCCCGCGCGCCGCCGCCCCAGCCCCGAUGCCGGCGCCCGGCUGGGGCCGCCACGGGCCGCCGCUGACCAUGCCCGGGCGCCGGGGGGCGCUGCGAGAGCCGGCGGGCUGCGGCUCCUGCCUGGGGGCGGCGCUGGCCCUGCUGCUGCUUCUGGUGCCCGCCGGCUGCCCGGUGCGGGCGCAGAAUGACACGGAGCCCAUCGUGCUGGAGGGCAAGUGCCUGGUGGUAUGCGAUUCCAGUCCGUCGGCGGACGGCGCCGUCACUUCCUCGCUGGGCAUCUCCGUGCGCUCCGGCAGUGCCAAGGUGGCCUUCUCCGCCACGCGGAGCACCAACCACGAGCCGUCCGAGAUGAGCAACCGGACCAUGACCAUCUACUUCGACCAGGUUUUAGUAAAUAUUGGCAACCAUUUUGAUCUUGCCUCCAGUAUAUUUGUAGCACCGAGGAAAGGGAUUUAUAGCUUCAGUUUCCACGUGGUCAAAGUAUACAACAGACAGACCAUCCAGGUCAGUUUAAUGCAGAACGGCUACCCAGUGAUCUCAGCAUUUGCAGGAGACCAGGACGUCACCAGAGAAGCGGCCAGCAAUGGCGUCCUGUUGCUGAUGGAAAGGGAAGACAAAGUGCACCUCAAGCUGGAGCGGGGCAACCUCAUGGGAGGCUGGAAAUACUCCACGUUCUCGGGCUUCUUGGUGUUUCCUCUAUAAACACAGAGCCCCCGGAUGGUGGGGAGGUUGCCAUCUGGACCCCGGAAUCCACCCUCCCUCAUACCGUGAACUUGCCCGAGCAGGACAACUCAUUUCCAACCUCUGUCAGACUGUUGCGGUAAAAGAAUGAUUUCCUUCUAAAUCUCCAGUGUUUUCUUUGAAUAUUGACCAUUCCUUGGGAACCCGGCCUCUAAUUAGUUUUAGACGACAAGGUCUUCAGGAGAAAUGAAAUUAUCGAUCUGAGCAAUUUGUACCUGUGAUUGUAAAGUCGAUAUGGGAUUUUAUUGUUGGGACCAUUGCCUUUUCUUCUUUUGUUUGGACGUUGUCUUGGUACCCCACCGAGGAGUGCCGCAGACCUCAGGAUGGAUUGCAGGUUGCAGCCCAGGCUCAAAGGAAGAGCCCAGCAAAUCACCACCCUCCGGACGGUCCUUGAAAUGUGUUCUCUGUGUGUCUGUUCCGCCUUAAGGAAGAGAAUGGCUUCACUUUCAUUCUGCAUUUUUCCCUGGGUGGACGGGAGGACUCGGGAGGGGGAAGGGAACAUUGUGAACCUGUCAAGAAGUGCUUUAUCUGGAGAAGCAAAUUUUGCACGGUUGGACUGCGACUUUUGUUCUGUAUUGUUUGUGUGUGUGUGUGUAUGUGUGUUUUUUUUUUUUUCUUGGAAAGCUUUACUUUUCUUUCCACUCUCAGCUCUCCCUCCUCACCCCUGCUUUUAUUUUUCAUGCUGGGGUGAAGGAGAGAAAAUGUAUGUUGAAUUCCUGGAUGAGACCAAACCAAACCAAACCAAACCAACAAAAAAACUGCAUUUUGUUUCGGAUAAGACCAAAACCAAAAAAGAAAGGUAUCUGUAUAUCCAAAUACAAAUGGACAAUUCCGCUUGUUCUCUCAAAGAGACUCUAUCAGAGGCACCUUUAGAACUAACAACCUGGACUUUUUUUUUUUCUUUUCUUUUCUUUUUUUUUUUAAUUUACACUCUGGAAUACUUCCUUAAGAACCUGAUGUCCCUGGGUGGCCUGAAUCAUGUAAGAUGAGAACGGGAGCUGUCAUGACCACAUCUCCUAAACAUGCCAAGUGGCCUGGGUUCUGCCAGCAGCAUAUUUUCAUUUAUUUGGAUCCACCUCUGCGUGAGCAUACCAGGAUCAGGUGUGUCAAAGACAACAGGACCGGUCGCUCCCUCAGGAUCCUCUUCUGAUCUGCCUAGGAAAGAGGGGUGUUGACCUCCCCUGUGAGCACCUGGCGGGAAGCCACCUGGAUGUCCCAGUGGCUAACGGUAUUGGCGAGCCACCCGAGGAGCACUUCUGCAAAUCCUUCUCGUUUUGGCACUUUGUUCAACAAUGUUAUCAAAAUCCAGCUGCGAGUUUGAUGGGCACAGAAUUCUUAGGCCAAGGAAAUGUCACUGAUCCCAAAGCCGUCAAAGAAGAGACCUCAAACCGGAUGUUACUUUGUCCUUUGUGUAACAAUGUAACCAAAAUAUUGAUGAUAAAAAGUCAUAAUUUAAAAUUCAGAAUAAAUGGGUUUGAUGUCUGCCUUGCUCUUCUCCCUUCACAUCGUCUCCCAAACUCUCAAAACUUGUGUAAGUAUUGGCCACGGGUCAGGGACUCGGGGAAAGUCAGUCCAUUCUGUGCUUGUGUCAAAAAUACACGCACAAACACACACUCCCACAUGCAGAGCUAGCGAUGGGUCUAGGCGGAAACUGCACCCAUCAUACAUUCCAAUUUAUAUAUCAUAUUUUUCACACAGGAAAAUUUGGGGGGGGGUGAGGGGAGAUAAGUG